GUGGAUUCCCACGGUUUCUCAGCCGGAAGGAGGUGGGGUCUGGAACUAAAGGGCUGGGACAUUAGGAAAUGAGAGGCCGGCGAGUCUCAGAGAGGUCCCACCUGGCAACAACAGCGGCGUUAGCAGGGCUAGGGCUAUGCGGUCCUCCAGGCCGCGGAGGGGAGCUGGCAGGGGUGCUGUCUCAACUAGGCGGGGCGCGGGGACCAUGGGUUCCUGGACUUCCAGGGCCCGGGUCCCCACGCCGGAGCUUGAUCCCCGGGAGACGCUGGACCUGAGCCGUCUGCCCCCGGAGCUGCUCCUGCUGGUGCUGAGCCACGUGCCCCCGCGUGCGCUGCUGCUGCACUGUCGCCGGGUGUGCCGCGCCUGGCGUGCCCUGGUGGACGGCCAGGCCCUGUGGCUGAUGGUGCUGGCCCGGGACCGCAGCGCUGCCGGCCGCGCCCUGUUGACGCUAGCCCGCCGCUGCCUGCCCCCGGCCCGCGAAGACAGGCCCUGUCCGCUGGGCCAGUUCUGCUUGCGAGGACCGCUCGGACGUAACCUCAUCAGCAACCCCUGCGGUCAAGAAGGCCUGCGCAGGUGGAUGGUGCAGCACGGUGGUGAUGGCUGGGUGGUAGAGAAGAACAUGAAGCCCGUGCCUGGGGCCCCCUCGCAGACCUGCUUCGUGACUUCCUUCAGCUGGUGUCGCAAGAAGCAGGUGGUGGACCUGGAGGAGAAGGGUCUGUGGCCGGAGCUGCUGGACAGUGGUGGUGUGGAGAUUGCGGUCUCUGACUGGUGGGGAGCUCGACACGACAGUGGCUGUAGGUACCGUCUCCUUGUCAAGCUUCUUGAUGCUCACCAGAACGUCCUAGAUAAGUUCUCGGCUGUGCCAGACCCCAUUGAACAAUGGAACAACAAUAUCUACCUGCAGGUCAGCCAUGUGUUCUCCAACAUCAGGAGGGGUGUCCGUUUUGUGUCUUUCGAACACUGGGGCCAGGACACACAGUUCUGGGCUGGCCACUAUGGGGCCAGAGUGACCAACUCCAGCGUGAUUGUGCAAGUCUGUCAGUCCUAGUCAAAGGCCACCACCAUUUUGGCAAGACAGCCUGACUGUGCCUUCCAGGAGCUGGGGCUGCUGACUGGAAUCCUUCAUGAAUCAAGCGCGCAAACCUUCCUGGCACAUGUAACUCUAGGAUCCAGUGGAGGGUCCUGCUUGGCCACGUUCAGAGUCUCGGACACUGGAGUCCUCCAUCAGCUCUGCCCAUUGCUGCUGCUUGGGUAGAGCGGGGGUGCCGGGUGCAUGCUCGUCGCGAGGUCACAAGCUGCCUCCGUUUCAGUUCGAUCUCUCACUGCCCUGUCCUCAGCACUGAUCCCCCGCCCUUUUCUGAGACAGGGUCUCCUGUAUCCCAGCUGAAAACCAAGGAUGAUAUUAUCCUCCUGCCUUUGUCACUCAGCGCUGGGAGUACAGGCAUGCACCAGGACCACCCAGGCUUGUGCGGUGCUGGGGGCAAGCAGGGGUUUAGUGCAAGCCAAGUGUAUAUCCUACCAACCAAGAAGCAUCCCCAGCAUUGCCUCCUUGUCCCCCUGUUUCUGCCUCAGGGACAUCCGUUGUCCCUUCACUGAAGCCCUCUGCUCGUGUCUGAACUUAUCAGCUAGCAAAAUUCCAAUUCCCGUGUGAACCCAAGCGCACAUGGCUACACCCGGGUCUCCUCAUUGAAGGGGGUAUCUGCCCACAGAUUGUCUCCAAACAAUGAGGAAGGGCCUAGAGCCCCGGCCCUGAUCCUCAGGGACCUCUGUAAUUGUGUAAUAUUUAAAGUUAUUUAUCAUUUUCUCAAACAGUGAGAGAAUAAUAAUAUACCGGCAAUAUCUGUCUGCCAACUGCACUAUAAUAAAUUGAUUAUUUUACCUAAA